UUGGCUUCUAUUUUGGAUUCAUCGAAAAGAAACAGAAAAAAGGAAAAGGGCCAAGUGCCCACCGAUGAGAAGGAUGGUGAUGGCGCUGGCGCUGUUGGCAACGAGGAGCGUCGCGGUUCGGAAGCAUUGGAUUACUUGGUUGGUGGACGGAAAAUGAAAGUGUUUCCGGUCGCGCUGUCACUGGUGGCUAGUUUUGUUUCGGGCAUUUCUUUGCUGGGCACAUCAACGGAGAUCUACGUCUACGGUACCCAAUAUGCAUUCAUACUCAUCACGCUGGCCAUAUCGGGAUUGAUAUCGUGGUACAUCUUUUUGCCCGUUUUCUGCAAUCUGCAGUUGACAUCCAGCUAUGAGUACUUUGAGAGACGUUUCGAUCGCCGUGUGCGCAUCUUUGGAUCAUGUUUAUUUGUAAUAAUGAAUAUUCUUUGGCAGCCUAUUUGCAUUUAUGUGCCAGCAUUGACUUUAAAUCAAGUUUCUGGCUUUAGCGUUCAUACAAUCGUCCCGCUAACCAGUUUGAUAUGCAUCCUUUACACCAGUAUUGGUGGCAUUAAGGGCGUUGUAUGGACAGAUGUAAUUCAAGGAAUUGUGAUGGUGGGCGCCAUGGCUUUGGUGAUAGUCAAAGGUACCUAUGACUUGGGUGGCUUAUCAGUGGUCUUGGAACGUAAUCGCCAAUACGAUCGCUUGGUGGGUCCUGACAUGACGUUCGAUCCUACUGUAAGAAUGGGCGUUCUUGCCCUAUUUAUUGGUGGCGCCUUCUUUAAAACUCAGGCUAAUUGCAUUAACCAAGCAGCGGUGCAGCGUUUCAUGACCUUGCCCAACAUUAAGGCAGUGAAACAGACGUUGAUCAUAGCUCUCACAGGUUUUAUAAUUGUCAUGGCUAUGUGUAUUUAUAUUGGCAUGCUCGCCUUUGCUGAGUAUUAUCACUGCGAUCCCAUCUCAACGGGCUUGGCACGCGCCAAGGACCAGGUUAUACCAUUGUAUGUGAUGCAAAGUGCUGGCGUCGUACCUGGCGUUGUGGGUCUCUUUGUGGCUGGAGUCUUUAGUGCUGCACUCAGUUCUCUCUCCACAGCACUUAACUCACUUUCCGCCGUCGUACUAAAGGACUUUAUUGAGCCAUAUCGCAGUCGUCCUCUAACCGAACGCCAGACAGCCUAUGUGCUGAGAGCAGUAGUCAUUGUUUUUGGCCUCAUCUCGAUGGCCAGUGUGCCAAUAGUACAGAAAUUGGGUAUGGUAAUGCAGCUCUCUUCCACAGUGGCUGCCAUUACCUGUGGUCCACUGCUGGGUGCCUUCUCUAUUGGCAUGCUAAUACCUACUGUCAAAACAGAGAGUUUACUAACUGGUAUUUCGUUGGCCGCAAGCUUCGUUUCCUAUAUUGUGGUACGUGCUCAGAUUGCCUUGGCCACCGGCCAGUUGACCUUUCCCACCAAGCCGGUUUCUGUCGAGGAUUGUGACUAUAGUUUCGAGUUGGCGGCCAAUUGGAAUGCCACCAGCACAAGCAGCUCGGCGACGACACAUUCGAAAAGCUUCAGCUUGCACGAAGUAUCCUUCCUGUGGUAUACUUGCAUUGGUGCCAUGGGAACGAUACUCUGCUCGCUGUUGGCUACACUCUACUUUGGCAAACAGGAUGUGCGUAAAGUCGAUAAGGAACUUGUUGCGCCCAUUUUGCACAAGUAUUGGUAUGGAAGUUAUGAAAGUGUAUCCAGCAAGGAUGACAAAGAGCUCUUAAACUUAAAAGAGCCGAUAAACACGGCGCAAUAAAUUCUUUAUUCAUUUCUGGCAAAUAAAUUAUCUUUAUUCCAAAGUAAUUGCUGUAGUUUUAUUUUAACUUUUAGUUCUGCAACUAACACCAACAUCGCAUCCAUAAUUUUGGUAAUUUGUAAACAAUUUUGUAUUUGCCAC